CUUAAUUUUUUUAAUUUUAAUUUAUUUUUUUAUUUUUAAACAGAUAUGGCUUAUCUCGGCGAUACAAGUCAAAUGUUGGUAGAUACUACGGAUGUUUUUACAACUCAUCAAAAAUUUGCUACCCCAGAUGAUGUUGUCAAAUGGGCUCGAGAUGUUGGAGAUGCCAAUAAAGUCGGUAUUAUCAUUACUCGGUCGGAUAAAAAGAACGGAAUAAGAGGAAGAAAUGACAAGUUGAUUUUGGGUUGUGACAAAGGUGGAAAGUAUGACUCUUCAGAAAGUUCCACGACAUCUGCAUCGAAAAAGUGUAACUGUCCAUUUAAAAUUAGAGCUGCACCUUCAACAGAUGGUUCAGGAUGGAAAGUUCAGGUUAUUCAUGGAGUUCACAACCACGGGCUACCUGACCAAUAUCAUGGUCAUCCUCGCAAGGCACGUUUAACCGCUGAUGAAAACAAACGUGUUCAAGAUUUGACAAAGCGUAAAGUAGCACCAAGACACAUUGUUUUAGAUUUGAAAGAUCAAAAUCCAGAGUCUGUUGUUGAUGCCACACUUGUAUAUAGGAAAAGACACAUGAUGCAAAUACAGGAAAGAGGUUCCAGAACAGAGCUGCAACACUUGCUACAGUUGUUAGAUGAUGCAAAAUAUGUCAGCUGGAAUAAAAGAAAAGAUGAUGGCUCCGAUGUUUUGAGUGAUAUUUUUUGGGCGCAUCCAGAUUCAAUCAAGUUGUUGAACUUGUUUCCCAUUGUUUUGGUUAUGGACUGCACGUACAAAACUAAUAAAUAUAGACAGCCACUGCUUGAAAUUGCUGGCAUAACGUCAACUAACAUGACAUUUGCUGUUGGAUUUGCUUACAUGGAAUCUGAGAAGACGGACAAUUAUCAUUGGGCGUUAGGUAAGCUGAAGCAAUUGAUUACAAAGCAAGAUAUAUUUCCUAGAGUAAUUUUGACUGAUAGGGAGUUUGCUUUGAUGAAUGCAAUUAAAGAUAUAUUUCCACAUACUACUAAUAUGCUUUGUACGUGGCACAUAAUCAAAAAUGUGAAUGCGAGAUGCACCGUGCAAAUACCUAAGGAUAUGAAACAGAAGGUGAAAAAUUUGUGGAGAGAUGUUGUUGAAAGUCCGGAUGAGGUGGAGUAUCAGCAACGGUUGAAUGCGUUUCAGCAAGCAUGUGUUAAUUCAAGCAAUUUUGUCGAAUAUGUCAAUAACACCUGGUUGGCCCCUCACAAAGAACAAUUUGUUGAAGCAUGGACCAAUCGAGUGAUGCAUUUAGGAAACACAACGACUAAUAGAGUUGAGUCUGCACAUUGGAGACUGAAGAAAAUGUUGGAACACAGCAAAGGAGACUUAUGCAAGUGUUUGGAAGGCAUGAAUGACAACAUAAGACUAGAAGUUGACAAAAUAAAGAAGUCUUUUCAAAAAAGUUUUUACUAUACAGAAAAGACACAUAGCAGUCCAUUUUUUCAAUAUUUGAGAAACUUUGUCUCCAGGGCUGCUAUGACACUAAUUUCUGAUGAGAUGGAGAGAAUUGACAUUGUUGGAACAAAUAAAAACUUGUGUGGUUGCAAACUUAGGUCAACAUGUGAGUUGCCUUGUGCUUGUGAAUUGAGUGGAUAUACAACCAGCGGUGUACCGAUACCGUUAGAUUCAGUUCACGGUCACUGGAAGAAAUUAACUAUGGAAGAACCAUUGGAGGAUGACACAGAGGAUGGAUAUGAGUUGGACAUGAGUAAUGCAAUGGAGGCCAUAUGGACUCGAUUUCGGUCACUUGAUAUUGUUGGUAAAAGAGCGUUGAAGAGUAAAGUGUUUGAACUUGCUUAUCCAGCCUCAAGUUCAUUGUGUCCACCACCUGAAAAAAUAAAAACCAGAGGAGGAGUGAAGAACAAAAAUAAAGGCAAAGCACCAAAAGGUUAUGAUGUGUAUCGUGAUCCAUCAUACUUUGAACACGUUGAAAGAGAAUAUGGUGAUUCACAAGGUACAUCGAAGAGGUUGUGUACACAACAAUCACAGUCAUCUCAGAAGGAACUAUCUCAACCCUCUCAGAAGCAACAAUCUCAACCAUCUCAGAAACAACUAUCUCAGAUGUCUAAAAAACUGACAUCUCAGAAAUAUUUGGGGCAAUUUCCUGAUCAUAUGCAUCCACAUAUUGUUGACAUUGCUGAUGUGCUUGAAGAUGGAAAUUGUGGUUUUAGAGCUGUUGCAUCUUUACUUGGUUACACAGAGGAAGGUUGGUCCAUCGUCCGCCGGGAGUUAGAUGAAGAGCUUAGAAAUAAUAACAAUUUGUAUGAGAAAUUAUUCAGACAAGAUUUGCAGGUUGUGAGAGAUUCGUUGGUAGCAACUAGAUGGUUCACCAUACCUGCUAUGGGUUACUUGGUAGCAAAUAGGUAUAAUGUCGUUCUCGUCACGUUGGGUAAACCUAGUAAGACUUUCUUUCCUAUGAUGACUUCAUAUUCCUCUUCAGCAAGGUUUUUUUGUAUUGGUUUUGUCAAUGGAAAUCAUUGGGUUCCGGUAAACAUGUCAAAGGGGUUUCCGUUGCCCGAAGUUACAGCUGAUUGGAAGAAAUUUUGUUCACAUGAAGCAAAGUUUUGGAUGUCAAACUUAAACGGACGCCUACAAUAUUGGAACCUUCUAAAUCCUCCGGUGAAACCUCUUAGUGGUGUUAUGUCUGUUGAAUAAUUUUUAAUUGUUUAUUUUAUGUCGAAUAUUUAUAUUACUUAUGUUUUAUCAAAUAUCUAAAUUCGUUAGUAACGUUUAUUGUGUUAAAAAAUAUUUUAUGUCAAUAAAAUGCAAUGCCUACUUUAGCAA